AUGUUUAAUUAUUUCAGAUUAAAUUUGUUGAUUGUGAAUACUGAAAUUUCAAUGACGAAUCGUUCGCAAACCUUAACUGAAGUUACAUUAAUGAAGUCGGAUAACUAUUGUAAUUUUACAAAUUUAACCAUUAAUUAUUUCUGCAUCAACCAAAGGCUUUUUAAUAAUUCAGGGUGUCUGAAUAUUUCUGAGUACAAUUUCUCCAUUCUUGGUGAUACGUCAAACAAAUCUGUUAAUCAAACUUGUGAAUACACCACUAUUUGUUUUCCAGAUCCAAUUGCUCUCAGUGGUCUAAUAUUAACAUUGAUCGGAUUAGUUCUUGGAUUAUUAAUAAUAUUCAAUAGACAACUAUUCACUGCACCCAGAAAGAACAAUACAUUCAUAGUGAUAACCUUGAUCAUUAUAAAUGUCGGCGCUGCAUUUCUAAUAUUUACCGCACAAUGCCAUUUUCUUAGGUGA